GGAGAUUCUGUAGAAAAGCCUAAAAAAAACUCUAGAAGCUUCGAUUUUCAUCUGUCGUCGAUCGGUUACCAUGAGUACCAUGAAAUUUUGCUGCGAGUGCAACAACUUACUCUACCCCAAGGAAGACAAGGAGCGAAAGGUCCUUCUUUUGGCCUGCCGCCAUUGCGAUUACCAGGAGAUAGCUGACAACAAUUGUGUAUACAGAAAUGUAGUACAUCAUGCAGUUGAAGAACGUACUCAAAUUUUGCAUGAUCUAACUGCAGAUCCAGCUUUACCAAGAACAAAAUCUGUUCGUUGUACAUUAUGUGGCCAUGGAGAAGCUUUUUUCUUCCAGUCGACUAUUAGGGGAGAAGAUGGUAUGACAUUGUUCUUCCUCUGCUGCAACAAUGAAUGUAGAAACCGUUGGAGGAAUUGA